AUGUCAACACAGCAGAACGUAUAUGCUCGCUCGCCCAAUCUUUCGGCCAGGUCCUACGAUUCAUCAUCAGUGUCAUCUGCAACUUCGCCCAAGUCUUUGUCCCAGUUCGCGCCAGGGGCCAUGAAUACCAACCCGCGGUUGAAUGUACCGGUGACCCCUCAACCCAUCGGCAUUCCCCCUUUACCUCCAGUCAGUCAGGGCUUCCAAUCAUACGGCCCAAUGACCACAUCGUCUUCCCUAGGCCAUGAUUCACUAGCAUCGAACGAAUCCGUGGCCAGCACACCAGGUCCAACAACCUCACAAUUAUCAGGCCCAGGUUCUCAGGGACAGAAAAGAGCAUAUCGGCAGCGAAGGAAGGACCCUAGUUGCGAUGCCUGUCGCGAGAGAAAGGUGAAAUGUGAUGCAACCGAGACGACAAGUUGUUCUGAGUGCUCAAGCCGAAAUGUCAAGUGUCAAUUCACAAAGGAGACGAACCGACGGAUGUCUUCCAUUAAACAGGUGCAGGAUCUGGAGAAGCAGAUGGAAAAGGUCAAGAGAGAGAACAAUGGAUUGCGGCGCAUGCUCCAGGAUCGAGAAGGGCCCAUGGAACUUGAUGCCGAAGGAGGUGACGACAAUGCCUUCAACUUGCCAGCCAUUGGAUCCGAACCGAAGCGUCGAAAGCGGCCAGCUCCCGUACCAGAGCUAGCUCGAGCGAGAUCAAACGUACGCGAUUUCUCGAGGGGCAUUUGGAAACUGCCAGCCCAAUACCGUGAACGAGCGCCCGUCUUUUUCGACCCUCCAAGACCAGAGUUGCCUGCUAGGCAUCUGGUAGACCAGCUGUUACACGCUUAUCUCAACUCGUCCCACUCCAUGUUUCCGAUUAUACAUUUUCCUACAUUCCGAGCAUCAGUCAAUGACCUCUACAAUAACAACGCUGUCGCCAGAAUGUCCCCGGCCUGGCUUUCUUUGUUCUUUGCGGUCUUGGCUACUGGCAGUCUUUUUAGCUCAACGUCAAACUCGCAGCCAAACUCAUUCUAUGAGCCUGCCGAAUUUCUUGAGACAGCCAACAAAAUGAUCGAUCCUUGGGCUGAUGACUUCACUCUGGACCACGCUCGGGCGUUAACAUUGGUUACUCUUUGCCUAAACGAGAUGAAUCUCAAGUCAGCGGCAUGGACGUGGCUAGGAAGAGCAGUUCGUGUUUCUCAGGAUCUGAGUCUACAUAUUGAAUCGGGCCCAUGGCCAGUCAUUGAAGGAGAGAUGCGACGGAGAACCUGGUGGAUGAUCUACAUAUUGGACAGGACACUGGCAACUGAGCUUAGUCGACCAGUAUUGAUCAUUGACGAUGACUGCGAUGUGUCGUUGCCAGCCGGAGUAGACGAUCAGUUCAUCCACGAAGGUGGUAUGCUUGUGCCUACGGGUUCGGAACCCCUAACUCAUUCUUUGCUCGCUGUCAUUCAUGUGGUGCGAUCGUACUCAUCCCUUCUCGCAGCGCUAACGCCUCAAACGUUGUCUUCGGUGCAUCUCUCGACUCUAGACACUCAUUUCAAGAAGUGCCUGAACACAUUCCCUCCAGCUUGCGACCCAUCGAGUACUGUGCCUUUGGAGCCUCACUUCCUUUCUCCUCUAGCAUACCUGUUUCACGCACGUCUUUUGUUGCACCGGCAUCAUCUUGAUCCAGGAUACCCCCUUGAAGCUCGGAUGGCUUCUCUUGAAAGCUGCACACACAUAUCUCUCGAAACCAUAUCUCUCCUCCACCGAUCCAACGCGACCCUGUUGGCAGAUGGUGCAACUGCUUUGUUAACCACGCACAUCUUUCGCUGUGCCCUUUUCCUCCUUCUCAUGGGCUACCUGGAUCCUGCGGUGACGGCAGUGAGAGCUUUGGCUUCGAUCGACCGACGAAGGGAUGUCACUGUCGCUUGUGGCCGUUACUUGGCAUUCUUUGUGUCGGCCUUGGGAACAAAACGAGUCGAGUACACAAACUACUUAGCAAGGACCGCACCGCCGCCCUUCGGGUCCUCGAGACCAUCGAUUGACCAGACAGCUCUGCUACAAAUGCUUUCCCGCGACGAAGAUCUGAUUGCGUAUGCUUCGGCCGAUCUUCAAGCCUCGCCUGACGCUUCAUGGCUCUGGGCAGGCCUUGAACGCGAGGUCCCGAUGCCUCAAACAUCCUCACCAUUUCAACACUCCAACGCAGUAUCCAGUAGUGAGCUGUUCAGUCCCGAGGCGCGUACAGGGUUGGAUGAUGUUGACAAUAAAGAAUGGGGUGGGUGGGCAAGGCUUGAGACUGCUGUGCGUGGGCUGGACGCUGUGCCAGUCACGACUCCGACUCCAUCGAGCUCUACCUGGAAGUUACCACCUCCUAUCAAGAGCGAAACACCCGGGCCAGCGGUGGAACUCCCAAGGCUGGGUGAUGUUCCGCGUUUCGGUUCUGAGUUACCGAAGUUGGGAGGGGGCAGCACGGCAGUGAGCCCUAUACCCGGGAGCAGGACACCAAGUGGAAGUGUACCUGGACCACCAACCAGCAAAGAGCGGUUGAGUAUUGCCAACAUCAUAUGA